AAGAAAGUGAAAUGAACCAUUAUCUGGGGCAAUCGCCGUCAAACACUCUGGUCACGUGCAGAAGGGGAUUCACCUCCAUCUAUUAAUACUUCUAUGAUAUUUCUGUUACGCAUCGACAAAACCACUGCGCGCUAUCAUUGUACAUUCCUUUUACUGCUGCAUUUCAUAGUUACAGUCCGGGGUCCUCGCAACUAGUGAGGUUCGAUUGCAGACUACAACUGCUGGACUUGCUACCAGUAAGCAGUGACAAAAAUGGGGAUUGUAAGGAAUAUAGCACUUGCCGUCCUAGGAAUCUCUGGCAUCACUUUCGUGGCUCUUUUUGGGAGACUUCCGGCUUUCAGAAAAACACCGAUUGGAUUCCUCCACAGACUCAUUUGGAUUCAUAUUCCCAAUGGACUUGUCUAUGUCGAUUUUCUGCUUUUUAGCGGCAAGAUAUCGCGUCGCUGCACUCGAUACGCGAACUAUAUCAUGAACGAAAAUCAUCCCCUCGUCCUGAUAUUUUUCAUUUCCCUUCUAUCGAUAGGCACAUUGCUCUUUGUGCCAAGUUCAUGGUCUAGAAUGUCAACGGUCCAUCGCCUGCUUGUCCCGCCGCUGGUCGCACUUCCUUAUGGGCUCUUAUACAAGUGCGUUGUCACUAAGCCUUUCAUCACUCGGGAAAAUUAUGGUGAGGAAAUGAAACGUUAUCCUUAUGACCAUGUUAUCUUCGAUCCUGGAAACCGUUGCCGCACAUGCCUCUUCCUGAAACCAGCACGAAGUAAGCACUGCAGUUUCUGCAAGGCGUGUGUUUCCAGGCAUGACCACCAUUGCAUCUGGCUAGCCAACUGUGUAGGCUUCCACAACUAUCGUUACUUUUUGUCCUUGCUACUAUCGCUGUCCGUCUUGUUGAUAUAUGGCAUAUAUCUGGGCUACAGCUUGCUGCACCGAACUAUGAUACUACUUCUACCUCAAGGGGUGCAAUCCACUAGGAAUGAGAGUUGGUCCGGGGUUUUCCACCUUUUGAGGUUGGCAAUUGCUUUCGAUACUCGAGUUGGGACUGUGUUUCUGUUGGUGUUGAUGACAGCGCCUUUGGCCGUGGCUUUUCUUGUGUACCAUAUUUAUCUAAUAUGGGCUGGAAUGACGACAAGUGAAAGCGCUAAAUGGUCGGAAUUGGGCUAUUCUUGUGCUGAUGGCCACGUUUUCAAGUCAUUGAGGCCUGAGAUUUACGGGCAAUCGUAUUCCCCUUAUGGGUCUCGGAAGAGCACGGAGUCUUGGCCGAUGCGCAGCGACCAGAUCAUUGUCCUGAUGGAAGAUGGGCAGCCGCCGAAAGUAGGAGAUUACCUGUCGCCUACUUCCAACGAUUUCGAUUACAGUAAUGCAGCUCCCGAUCACAGAUGGAGUCAAGUGAGAAGCUUGAAGGAUGUGGACAACAUCUACGAUCUGGGAUUUUGGGAUAAUUUACGCGAUGCUAUGGGACUGCCUGUGAAGCGUCCAACAUAGAGUUGUAGCUUUGAAUAUUAUUAGAGCAGGGGCUGCCUACUUGACAAAUAUGCUG